UUGUUUAUAUUCUUUAAUUCUGGUUCAAUUCAAAUAUAUAAAUACUUGCACGUUCGUUAUGACGAGUUCAAAGAACUAAUUAACUUGACGCCCGUCAAGAUAAUUGUAAUAAUCUCAUUCUCAACGCUGACCCGAGUGUACGCGCGCAGGGAAUUCCUUAAGCGGUGCGCUCGCGCAAUCUUUCGAUAUACCUACAUAUCUGUAAUUGUUGAAUACGCGUCAAAAAUGGAGUGUCAAAAAUGUAAAAAGAAUUUAGCUAAAAAAGGAUCUCACUUCAUUUGCCAAGGACCGUGUCAAGGAACUUUUCAUAGAGGUUGUGUUAAGGGUCUUAUGGCGGACAUAAAAAAUGGGAGGAAUCGGAUCUAUUGUAAUAACUGUGAAGACGAUGGAUCGGAAGAAGAAGAACAAGAGGAAUACUCACAGGACUACACUAAAAUUCUCAAGGACAUACAGCUAAAAGUGGCUGCUAUUCCCGGGUUCAAAAAACAACUUGAUUCCAUUACGCAAAGUUUGAGUAUGCUUUCCGAUAAGUAUGAUAUAUUGAUCGUAGAACAUGAACAAUCAAAAGAUAAAAUACAUAAGCUUGAGAAAACUAUCGCUGAUGUCAGCAACAAAAGCGUCUAUUUGCAAAAACAAAAUACCGCCCUCGAACAAAAAUUACACGAAUUCGAGCAGGCAUCUCGUAAAAACAAUAUUGAGAUUGUAGGUAUUGAACAGCUUCCCGGUGAAAAUGUCACAGAGAUUGUCUCAAAAAUAGGAGAUAUUAUCAAUGUGAGCAGUUCGGAUAUAGAAUGGGCUAGACGUACUCGAUCACGAAAAGAAAGUACCAAACCAGCGUCCAUUAUCGUGGGCUUUAAGACUACAGGUACCAGGUCGAGGGACAGCUGGCUUGCCCAACGUCGCAACUUAUCAGAAACGACGAGUAAUAUGAUUACAAAUGGUUCGGCUUUGAACAAAAUCUACAUAAACGAAGACUUGACUAAGAUAACGCGAGCCCUACUAUGGUGUACUAAGAAACAGCUCCAAGGAAUUUACAAAUACAUAUGGGUUUCGAACGGGAAAAUUCUUGUGAAGAAAUGUGAAGGUGAAAAAGCAAUAUGCGUGCGAGCUGAAAGUGAUAUUUGUGAUCUACUCAACAAAAAGUGA